AUGAUGCACAAAGCACUACUAUUUUCCAAUGACCUAGACCAUGCACUGUUUUGUGGCUUUGGAAUUCUUGUUUCUGUUUAUGCUCUUUAUGUGGAGAUCAGAAAACACAAAGAUAGCAGAUACAGGGCAGCAUGUGAUUUUGGUGAAAAUAUGAGUUGCUCUCGUGUGCUUACUUCAAGGUAAGUAAACUCAAAGUACUUUACGAUCAUUUUGAGCGCUUUCUUGAUGUAUUAUGCUCAGACAUUGUGGCUCUUGUAUUACAGUCUUUGUUGGUAAGUGCAAAAAUAUACUGUUUCAGUCCUAACUCAGACAACACUAGCAUAGCUUAGAUAACGAUGAUAAUGGUAUGGGCCUAGUUGUUUGAAAGGUUGAUAAUGCUAUCCACUGGGUGAAUCUCUAUCGCUGGGAUAAGGCAGUUGGUUUCCCUACUACUUAUCCACUAAUAAUAGCGAUUUAUCUGUUGGAUAGUGUUAUCCGAUGUUGGAACAACAGGGACCUGGACAAUAUUUACUCUUAAUUAUAUUUUUGAUUAAGGCAUGAGCAAGGCUUGGCAGAGGGUUGUUGGCUACUCCAAAGAAAAAUCUAACAAUAGUUUUACUAGCAAAAGGAGUUUUUUCAAAAGUAAUGUUGAACUCUUACCCACUGUCAUUCUUAUCUACCUGAGCAAAUGAUUGAUAAAAGAAAUAUCUUGCUUUAACUCAAUAGUUUGUUAUAAUUACUUUUAAAUCCUAUGUGUUUUUCUUGUUUUGCUUUGUAGCUACAGUAAAGGUUUUGGAGUGGUUGAGGUCUUGCUUGGCAAGGAGCACUUUCUAAACAUGCCAAACUGUAUUGUGGGUAUAAUCUUCUACGCCAUGCAGUUAAUUCUUGGUGAGUAACAAGAGUUUUCUGGUUUUCUCCUCAAAAUAUUCAUGGCUUUCAUAGUCUAGACAUUUGCGGUCUUUUAGAAUGAUGUAAAUGAGUUGAGCCACACCUAAAUUGAUCAUUAAAGAUGAAAAUUUUCAUAAAUUUCCUAUCCCCUUGCGUACUGGAUCAGUCUCUCCUGGCAGGUCAACACUAAGUCUUAUUAUAUUGCCACAAUAGUACCUGCUGUGAUUCGCUGCUAAGCUAAAUGGGCAUAAUUUUCUUGUAAUGACCGGGCAUUAUGAGCUAGGUGUCCAAGGCAUAUACAAUGUUUGUUUAAUUUGAUAAUGGACAUCCUUAUGGUCAAUUGACAGCUGUCAAAAAGGGUAUCACUGACCUAUGUCACAUGACUAUAUCACAGGCUCAAGUUCGCAACUCAUUGAGGUGAAAUGUUUUUUAAAGUUAUCCGCUGACCAGUUAUUGAUUUUAAUUAAUCGCAGUCUCAGGUCCAUUAUGAAAAGGCUAUACAAUAAAAAACUUAUUAACCUUGUCCGUGGACUGCAAGCAGUCUAUUAUUUUUCUUUUGAGUCAGAGUAGAUCAAGAUCACAAUAGAUCGCCCCAAUCUCUCCUCCUUUUACCAUUAAUUCGCGUAAUUUCAUUUUUUGGCUUUCCACAUGUGGCUCUGAGGAAAGAAGGUCAAUCACUUGUGGUCUACCUCGUCCGUUCAGCCAUUACGGGGAAAUCUCAGACCUUGGCCUGUAAUGACCCCACUCUCUGUAAAUAAGUUGUAUAUAUUCCAGAAUUUUCCGUCCUGGUUAAGUAAUAACAGGGCGUAACAAAAAUACUCUCUGUGAAACCACCCGCCAGGCCAGUAAACUUCAGCAGCAGCUAACCCAAAGGGUAAGCCAUUGUUUUUUUUUUAUUUUUAUCUUACCCUGAACAGUCAUAAUAAAUUAUCUAAAGACUUUUUUUGGUUAAUUUUCAGGUAUGACAUCCUUUGCUUGGGUUCCUGCUGUACUCGUUCUGACAUCUAUAAUAUCAUGCAUUGGAUCAGCUUAUCUCGCAUUCAUUCUCUUUUUUGUGUUGAAAAACCUCUGUUUGGUCUGCAUCGCAACCUACAUAGUAAAUGGUGUCUUGAUGUACCUCAACUAUCAGAUA